UUCAAACCAGCUUUCCUUGCGGAGUGAAACGGCACGGCGGAGGCUACAGGCUGUGGUGAUCCCCGGUUAGCUUGCUCAACAUGUUUUUGAGGCUGCUUACCAUCUGGAGGACAUAAAGAAGGAAACAGCCAGGAGUAAAUAAAGUGUUGUACGGUAAGAAUGUUGCCCCUCACAGACUUGUUGCUAGAGAAACUGGCUGUGGAGAAAACCUUGUUCCGAACCAUGGUUAUCUCCAGCCUGCUGCUAUGCCUGCUGGCCUUCCUCAUCCAUCAGUGUUUAAAGGCCUUUGACAUCUGCUACUGUUAUUAUGUCAACUGCCAAAGACUACGCAGUUUCCCACAGCCGCCUCACUGCAAUUGGUUCCUAGGCCACAUGGGAAUGAUUCCACCCACUGAAGAGGGAUUGGCCAAAUUGGUCCAGAUUGUAAGCACCUUCUCCCCGACAUUUAUGGUAUGGAUGGGGCCCUUCCUGCCAGUCUUGUCCUUGGUUCAUCCUGAUUAUAUCAAGCAAGUUAUGACGGCAUCAGCCGAUACUGCUCCCAAGGACAAAUUCUUCUAUAGCUUCCUGAAGCCCUGGCUUGGAGAUGGAUUAUUACUGAGCAGUGGGACAAAGUGGGCACGACACCGGCGUUUGCUCACUCCUGCCUUUCAUUUUGAUAUCCUGAAGCCUUAUGUGAAAAUCUUCAAUCAGAGUACAGACAUCAUGCAUGACAAGUGGCACAAACUAAUCUCAGCAGGUCCUGUUUCUCUUGACAUGUUUAAGCACAUCAGCCUCAUGACUCUAGAUAGCUUGCAGAAAUGUGUUUUCAGCUCUAAUAGCAACUGUCAAGAGAAAUCAAGUGACUAUAUUAUGGCCAUCUUGGAACUCAGUUCCCUUGUCGUGCAGCGGCAAACUAAACUGUAUCUGCAAUCUGACUGGGUUUACUACCUGACAUCCCAGGGCCGCCGUUUCCGUCGUUCAUGUGAAAUUGUGCAUCAUUUCACAGAGAAUGUAAUUCAGGAACGGCGAAUGGCGCUUAACCGUUUGGGCCAGAAUGCCUGGCUCACAUCCAAGCAGGGCAAAACCAUUGACUUCAUUGAUGUUUUGUUAUUGGCCAAGGAUGAAGAGGAUCAACAUUUGUCCGAUGAAGACAUAGCAGCUGAAGUUGACACAUUUAUGUUUGAAGGCCAUGACACUACAGCAAGUGGCUUGUCCUGGAUUCUAUACAAUCUCGCUCAAAACCCCAAGUAUCAAGACCAAUGUCGGACAGAGAUUCAGGAUCUGCUGCAGGAGCGAGAAAGAAAAGAAAUUGAAUGGAAAGAUCUCUCCCUCAUGCCCUUCACCACCAUGUGCAUCAAAGAGAGCCUGCGCCUGCACCCUCCAGUCACAACCAUAUCUCGACGCUGCACUGAAGAUGUGAACCUUCCCGAUGGACGAGUUAUCCCUAAAGGGAACAUCUGCCUGAUCAGUAUCUUUGGGACCCAUCACAAUCCUGCUGUAUGGCCAGAGCCUGAGGUCUAUAACCCAUAUCGCUUUGAUUCAGCACAUCAUCCACUAGCUUUUGUGCCCUUUUCUGCAGGACCAAGGAACUGCAUUGGGCAGAACUUUGCCAUGGCAGAGAUGAAGGUGACCCUGGCACUGACAUUAUUGAGGUUUGUGGUGCGGUUGGAUGAGAGCCGACCUGUACGGCGCAAGCCAGAGUUAAUCCUGCGGGCAGAGAAUGGGCUGUGGCUGCAAAUGGAACCAAUCCAUGCUGAAUCUUGAUCAGAAGUUCUAUAUAGAAUUUGCUGGUCUACAACCUGGCAUCUAUAUUGUAAUGCACCAAGAGGACUUUUGAUCAGAGAUGCUUUUUGCUUCUAGCUUUGUAGAAGGCAGGAUAGAUUUAUUUUGCACACAUUUUUCCAUCGCUGUUUCUAUGUUUCCUAGUCUACUAAUUGCUGCUUAGACCUAGUUUAUUGCUUUGCUACCAUGAAGAUCUCCAAGAGGUAUUCUAAAUUAAAGCCAUAUGAAAUGAACUUUUGGCUUGGUUUUAAAUAUUUAGAUGAUGGGAUGCCUAUAGUAUAGAAUCAAACUUCCAGGUUUUCAAAAAAAGAUUGGACAGUCAUUUAGAAUUGUCUGGGAUGCAAUAUGGUCUCCUGCCUUGGGCAGGUCUAGAAGAUUACCAAGGUCUCUUCCAGCCCUAUGAUUUUAUGAUUCUAAGCUAUUCAAUGACAACUGUCUACAAAACUAUAGCCCAAGAAUUCCAGCACAAAAACAAAUGCAUUCUGAAUAUUCCAAACAUCAUCUAGGUUGGCUUUCCAUGCUGCGCUUUUAUGUACUGCUAUUAACAUUCUAUCCCUUCCAAGGGGAAUUUCUAAUCCUUUCUAACAAAAGCAAUUUCCAUUCUGGAAAAUCGUCUCCACCGUGAGGAAAGUAGAAGAAGGAAGGAGUAUUAAGUAUGCUCACCACCUUGAGUUAUUGUAAAAAUAAUAAAGGUGGGAUACAAAUACUUAGACAAAUAAACAAAUAUAAAGUUUCACAUAGGUGUGAUGAUUCAGUCUAUUUUACUCUAGUUUAAUUCAUAUUUUAUUCAUGCCUUGAUAACCCAUUUUUAUUCAUGUAUUGUUUUAUUUAGCACAUAGAUAUUGGAGGCCAUAGUAAUAAAUGAAAACCAGGCUUCCUGCCUUCUUCCCUUGGAAUGCCUACUCACCACGGGGAUUGAUGAGAUUAGGUACCAAGUUAUUUAGAAAUUCUUUUAGUGUAGAAAUGUUAUUGAUAAGAUAAAGAUCCUUACACAUCUUGUAACCUUUACUUGAACUAGGUUAUUAUGACUAGUGAAAAUGUAUGCAUGAUGUUGCUUUUUAUGAUUAGUUUAUAGCAUUCUAUGUUUCCAUAAUUGUUCCAAACGUGCUUUUUCCAAAAGGCAACUGGACUUUCUUGGUUCAUCCAAGAAAGCUUCUCAUCCAAAAAGCUUCUUUAGUUCUAACUGACUGGUGAGGAAUGGAAGUAUUUAUAUUCUUUGUAGCCAUCUGAGGGUUGGUUGUUAGCUCUCUGAGAGUCAUUGAGACGAGAGUUUAUCUCUAACUUCAGAGUCACCUGAAUCAGAAUGUAAAGGGGUGUGGAACCUUUUCCGGACUACUGAAAGAAUUGUGUUAUAAACAGGAGAAAAGUAGUGUCAUAUUCUUCCCCCUCCAUUGAGGGAAGGCUAUUCAAUUUUAACACAAAUGGCCUCUUUGACACCUCUUUCAAACCUGUGAUCCAUUCUGUCCAGAAUGGAACUUUGUUGUCUUCAAAAGAGUGACCUUUGCUUUCAGGGGCAGAUGCACUGUUGAAUCCUGUCCUGAUGAAUCUGUUCUCCUGUGUUGUCCAUGUGUUUGUGAAAUGGUUAUUUUGUUUACCCAAUGUCUGCACGUCUCACUGCAUUGCACUGCAUAUACUACAUUGUUCUAUUUGUGUCUCGGUAUUUUGUAUUUGGGGUGGACAACCUUCUGUCGUAAUGUAUUCCUGGGUUUAAAGUGUGCAUGUUGGUUGAAAAUCUUCCUAAACUUUUCUGAUAUUCCUGCAACGUAUGAUAUGACAAUAUUGCUCUGUUUGUUUUUGUCUGUUAUGAAGAAGCACCUGCUGGAUCUCUUUGUGGAUUUGAUGAAUGGCUAGUUAGGAUAGCUAUCAGUUCUGAGGGCUUCCUUGAUGUGUGUUUGUUGUUUUCCCUCUUUGCUGGUAGGCAAAGGUGUAGGGUUUCAAUUACUGAGUCUCAGAGAGCUAAUGAACAAUUCUCAGAAUGCUUUCGACCAGAUGGCUGCAAAGAAUAUAAAUCUUUCCAUUUCCCAUCAGUCAGAAAUGGAGAAGCUUCUUGGAAAAGAAGUGAAAUGAUUUCAAAGGAAUAAACAAAUUUCAGUUGCCUUUUGGAAAAAGCACCUUUGGAAUAACCAUGACCUGGAUGAUUGAGAAUCUCCAUAGACAUGCUUCCAUGACUGAUUGACUGCCAUGUAUCUUUUUAAAGUUGUAUAAAAGGAGGUCCAUUCUAAGCAGGAGUCUGCUUAUGUUAGAACUUGCUUCUGAGCAACCUUUUAUUUGCAAAUAAAAGUUUCAAUCCUUUCUAC